GUCAGAUCAAACUAUUUUAUAUUCAAUAUGUAAAUAUUAUACGAGUUAUAAUAAAUUGUUAAUACUAUUUUUAAAAUUUUGUUAGUUCAUUAAUGUCUUGAAGUAAAAUAAUAGUUUUAUUAUUUUAAUUAUAAACGUGGCAACCUGUUUGUCAUUCAAGAUUUCUUCUAUGCAUUUAUCAUCUGCUAUUCACUAUGAAUGUAUAUAGAGUAUUUACUGCCCACUUUCACAUUUCUGUGUAUUUUUAUUUCGAACGUAAAUCGAAGAAGAUACUUUUCAUUUCGACCUAAUGAUAUAAUAGAUUUAUGUAAGUUAUACGGUAUACAUGUAAUGAGAAAUAUAUAGUUUCAACAUCAAUAAAAACAUCAACCGUUUACUUUCAUUUUUAUUACAAUGUACUUAUAUUAUCAUCGCUCGAUUUACUUUAUUGUUUAUGGGGGAGAUAGGGACAAAAUAAACAAAGAUCUGUACUUGAUUUUUAUAUUGGAUACUUUAAGCAGGCCCGGAGUAGGCCUAUUUGGAGUAAAAUUUGACAAACAAAACACAAAAAAAUAUCAGGUUUCUAGCUGUGAAUCAAGUGAAUCUAUUUUUAAAUGAUUGUAAAAUAAUUAUUUUAUAACUAAUUUUUUUUCUUUUUUGUUUUUAUUUAAUAUUUUAAACACGUGUAUAUGUAACGUGGCCCAACUUAUUUAUAUGAAACUUUCUUAUUCUUGUUAUAGUUUUCUUUGUUCGUGUUAGGAUUAACUAUGGUAUGUAAAUUCGCCUACUACACACAAAUAAAAACGAAAGUAGGUUAAAUAUAUGAUCUCAUAUUUCAUGGCGAAUGCAUCAACCGUGUAAAUAUUGAACUGCCAUUUUUAUAAAUGCAUAUCGUACUUUAUGUUCCAUUAAUUUCAUUAACAUAAAAAAAUUUUGUAUUUGUUUGAAUAAUUUUAACAAAAACAUGUCCAAAUGUCUCAAGGUCAUUUUUUAAUAAAACACAAUAGAUCGCGCAACACUGUUGAGUCUAGCAGCUUGAUCUCGUUAUAGUCAGGACCGUAUUCUAUAAUAAAAUUUAUUUAUUUAUUUAUUCGAUUUAGUGUUCAGCGAUUAGAUUUUUUUAUCGUUGGUUUUUAUAAAUAAAGCAAAAUUUUUAAAAACAAUAUAUCUACGGUUACAAGCAAAAAAUAGAAAUGAUCACGUGUUUAUCAUUCCUUUGAGACCAAUACAAAUACUACAUCAAAUUUUAUUGCUUUAUGUAGUAAAACAUAUUUUUAUCAAUGAAAAUUUCGUAAUAACACAAUCGACGAUUAUUAUAUAUAUUUCUCUUGGUAAAACACUUAAAAACAGAAUUUAACUAUAAAAAUAAUUUGCCAAUUUCAAAAAAGAAGAUAAAACUAAUAAGGAGCACUUAAAUGAAUCGACUAUAAAGCGAUACCUUGACCUACUGCAAUUUAAAAACAAUUCUCCAAGUCUUGCAUCAGUUCAAUAUGUAAUAUAAUGUGGUGCAAUCCCGAACGCGUUUCUACAAGAUGGAUGGAAGUAAAUAGAUAAGAAUCUGAGAAUUUUUUACGUAUUAAAAUUCAUUACUAUUUCAUAAAGAAUACAAGAAUUAUGGCCGUUAAAAUAUUUUUUUAAAUAUUUAAAUUUUUCUCAGUGUAUUCUGUUAUAUACAUAAUAAUUGUACGCGUCAACGGAUUUUCGCCUCUAUUGAUUAGUGGUUCUAUGACGAUGUAACAUAAUCUUCUUUUUUUAUUUGAGACAAAGGACAGUGGUAACUCACGAUAUUUAAUUUAAUGUGUAAAAAUUUAUUCUUGGAACUAUCAAUUAACAAGAUAUGUAUUUAUAAAAUUGAAUUAAAAUUCCUUGAAUGAAUUUAUUACCACAGACUAUAAGAACCACAGAUAUACAUUGACAUUUAAGUCAUGCUGCUAAUUAAUAGGCAAAUUUUCGUGAUCAACCCGUGGAAAAAACGGUGUUUUAUGACCAUCAAUAUCUAAUAUAGAAAAAUGCGGGCCCGGCUUUUAAAAAAGUUGAAACGAUGAUAAAUUUUAAUUAAUUUGAAAAAUACCAAUACCAUGUAUAUUCGAGUUACGAUAUUUAUACACCAAUUCAAUCUCUAAAAAUUUUAGUUGAUAUAAAUUUGUGGUUUAAGUGUGAAGGUAACAAACUACAAAAAUAUUCUCUAGUUGGGACAUCCUUUAUAUCCUCGGUUAUUUCCAAGGCGAGAGAAAUGUUGCAAACCUUGUCUAGACUGCAGAACUGAUCUUAACGAUAAAGUUUUAUUGUUAAUACAAUCAUUAAACUCAAUUAACUAGUCGUUAAAGUUGUUAUAAAAUUUUAUAAUCGAUUCGGAAUGUUUAUAAUUCCAAUUAAUUUAUUUUAUGAAUAAUUAUUAGAAGAUUUGACCUAUUUAUAGUUAGCUAGUUAUUUCUAGUUUUUUGUUAUACAUUAUUUUCAUUCAUUUGAAAACAUCCUGAAUUCAGUGGCGUAGUUAUUUUUUUUAUAAAUUUCAAAUUACUUUUAACUUAACUUCAAAUUUUAUAUAUAUUUCGAAUCUAAAUAAAUCACCUUGUAUAUCACUUUUAUUUUUCCAAUAAACAAUCAUAAAUUCGUCAAAUAUAUCAAUUUCAGUGAAAACAAAAUAAAGCGCUACCCAGAGUAUUAUUAAUAACCACACGAAUGAAGUAACUUAAAUACAGUUCUACUAUGUUGCCAAUUUUAACUAUCCAUCAGGGAUACUUGAAAUAAUUAUUUCAAAUGGAUAUAAAAUAUGUCUUAUGUUUAUUAUAGGGCUACUAUGCCUUCAAUACGAUGUUUUAUAUUCUUCUUUUUACAAAUUCAAUGGGUUUUGAGUAUACAGCUGCAGUCAUUUGAAAUACCAUUGCAUGGAGACGGUGAUUGCGCUUUGAUAUUAGAAGGUCCUGGUAGAAGUAGUAGUUUUGAUUAUUCUUUCAAUCUAUUACGUGGAAGUACUUCAAAUUACGAUGGUUCUAGUACGUGUAUAACGUAUCAAGCAGUUAAUGCGGCUUAUUUGGACGCCAGAAAAAGGAUACGUAUCGCUCCACCAGAUGAUGCCGAGAAGAAGAAUGAAUAUGUCGCAAGUAUUGGUGAAUUGGUUUUUGACAUUUCUAUGAAUUUAGCAAAAACUUACGGUUUGAGUUACGAGGAAAUAGAAAAAGGUCUACCUUUGAUAGAUACUAGCAAAACUUUAAUAAGUGAAGUAUGUCCUGCAUUUUUAUCAAACGUAGAAUGUAGGGCUGGUAAAUACAGAAGACUAGAUGGACUUUGUACCAACAUCGAACAUCCAACGUGGGGAGCUAGUCACACACCUUUCACCAGAUUAUUAGGUCCAGUUUAUGCCGAUGGUAUCCAAGCUCCUCGUAUAGGAAUAUCUGGGAGGCAGUUACCAUUAGCCAGAGUUGUAUCCAGAACCAUGCAUCCAGACGAAGGAUAUCACGACCAUGCUGGUACAGUAAUGAUCAUAGCUUGGGGGCAGUUUAUGGACCACGAUUACACUCUACAGGGUACACCGUUAGAUCCUAAAAAUAAGAAUGAUCCAGAAGAAUGUUGCGGUAGACCACAGCAUUUGAAACAUCCGUAUUGUAACGAAAUCUACGUACCGAAAGACGAUUUUUUCUAUAAAUUGUUCAAAGUGAAUUGUAUAGAUUUCGUGAGAACAUUCCCGGCCCCUAGACCUGGAUGUAGAUUAGGUUCUAAGGUUCCUUUCAACACGCUUACUGCCGUUCUAGACGGUAAUACCGUUUAUGGGGUUACAGAAUACCAUAACAAUAAAUUGAGAACGUUUAACGGUGGUUUAUUAAGAAUGCAUCCUGCUUUUGAACAUUUUGGCCUUAAGGAUCUGUUACCACUAAAACUGGAGUAUCCCGAUGAAGGAUGUACUAGACCUAAUUCUUCUAUGUACUGUUUUGAAGCCGGUGAAGUUAGAGUGAACGAACAAUUAGUUUUAACUUGUAUGCAUACUUUAAUGGCUCGCGAACAUAAUAGAUUAGCUCGCGGUUUGGCUGAAGUUAAUCCGCAUUGGGAUGACGAAACUCUUUUCCAAGAAGCUAGACGUAUCAAUAUAGCUUUUAUUCAACAUAUAACUUAUAACGAAUUUUUACCUAUUCUACUCGGAAAAGAUGUAAUGGAAAAAUUCGGUUUGCUUUUGCAGAAAGAAGGUUACUGGAAUGGUUAUGAUCCCAACGUAAAUCCAGGAGUUAUCGACGCUUUUGCGUCGGCAGCGUUCAGAUUCGGACAUUCUUUAUUACCAACAGCAGUAGAAAGAUGGAGUAAAGCACAUAAAUUCAUCGCAUCGAAACGUUUGUCCGAUUUGAUCCGAAGACCGCACGAUCUGUUCCGAGCUGGUAUAUUCGACGAAUACGUCAUGGGUUUGAUGAACCAAGUAGCUCAAGCUAUGGACGAUUCCAUAACUCAAGAAGUAACCAAUCAUUUGUUCAAAAAAGUCGGAGGGCGAUUCGGUAUGGAUUUGGUCAGUUUCAAUAUGCAAAGAGGCCGGGAAUUUGGGAUACCUGGGUAUAUGGAAUACAGGAAAUUCUGCGGGUUACCUUGGUCCGAUAGAUUCGAAGAUCUUUUCGGAGCUAUGCCUAACGACACCGUCAGAAAAUAUUCGUCAAUAUUUGAACACCCAGCUGAUGUAGAUCUAUGGUCAGGUGGGGUAUCGGAAAAACCGUUACCGGGAAGUAUGCUAGGCCCGACUUUUGCUUGUAUAAUUGCGACACAAUUUAGUUAUUCACGAAGGGGAGACAGAUUUUGGUACGAAUUACCUAAUCAACCUUCGUCUUUUACACCUGAACAACUACAGGAAAUUAGAAAAGUCAAAUUAGCGAGGAUAAUAUGCGAUAAUACGGAUCUGAUAGACACCAUUCAAUUAUAUCCUAUGGUGUUACCAGAUCACGAAAUUAAUCCACGCGUUCCGUGCAAAUCUGGUAUAAUCCCCAGUUUAGAUUUAGCGAAAUGGGCGGAAUUUCCACGUGAACACGCGUUUCCAUUAAACGAUAUUUUAGGCAAAUAAAAUGAAAAUUAUGAAAUUAUUUAAUUUAGGGUUUAAAUGUACAGCUGCCAUUGUAAUUAUUUAUUUAUUAACGUGUACCAGAGGAUGAGAAUCGGACUACCAGAACCACGAAACAGUGCCAAGAACAGAGUAGCUUAAGACGGUCCUGUAACUUGUUGCAUUUUUGUAGAUUCCAAGAAACUUUUAUAUAUUUUUUUAAAUAAAUUGCAAAUUUUCU